AUGGAAUAUAAAAUUAUCUGUAGAAUCUGCAAUUUGCUAAUAAGGAUUGAUUUCCUAAAAUUACACAACGAAACAUGCAAGACUCGUGCUGAGUUUCGAAGGAAGGAGAUCAAAUUAAAUUUGUAGGUAGCCAAAGUUUGUGAAAAUGCUUAUAAAAAAAAGCACUAAAUUCAUUCAAGGGGUUAAAAAUAGUAUUGAAGUUCUAUCUAAAAUAGUCUCAAUAGUCUAAGAUUGAAAUGGGAUUAGAUGUCAAAUGAGUAUACAUAAGAAAUUUACCAAGAAUACAAAAUACUACAAGUCUUAAUUUCAUAUGGAGAAAAAACAUUAAAUUCGGAAGUAGAUGCCAAAUGUAAUCUAAUACAUCCUUAUCCUAGAUCAUCUUAUAUCUCAGAAUGAAUUCAUGUAAGCCCAAUAAAUUGUAAGUAACCCUUAGGUCUUGAAUUUGAUAGAGCAAAUGAAUAGUCUGAUAAAUUAGAGAUUAGACUUAUGUUACAAAAGUAUGAAUUUUCAAAGACUCUUAGCCAAAUUUCAAAGCAUUCCUAGCAUAUCCUUUAGAUUAAGCAAGUUCAGUAAAGACAGUCCUAAAUCCAACAGCGAAACUCAUAAUAGAAUGAACUCAUUUUCUGAUUAUUUGAAUUCUUCUAAGUAUAAAUUUAUGACGUCAGUCAAGUUUUUCUGAAGAUACACAGUCAGAUAAAAAAAGUAAUUCUCGACCAGACACUCCAGUUAAGUCCAUAUCUAUAAUUGAUAACCUUAGAAAAAGGGGUAAAUUGUCCAAAUUCAAUUUCUUAAAGAGACAGUCGACUUUUUCUUCAGAGGAGGAUUAAAAUUCGGAUAAACCAAAACUUAGACAAGAGACCAAAAAAAAGAAAAGUUACUUUGCUAAAACUGGAAGUUCAGAUAGUGAAACAGAUGACAUUAUAGAUAACAUAGUAGUAGAAGAUAAACCCAUCCAGACAGAGAAUAAUUUAAAUUUUGAAUCCGCCUGUUUUUUUGAGUUAUAAAGAGGAUACUUUUCAGACACUGAAAUUAUGAGAUUGGAUAUUGAGAACAAAUCAAAGGAAAGAAAUAUUGGGUUGAAAGACUUUAAUUUCAUAAGACAAAUAGGAUAAGGAACUUAUGGUAGUGUCUUCUUAGUGAAAAGAAUUGUAACUGGAGACUUGUAUGCAAUGAAGAUAAUUAAUUGUUGUAAUAAAAGAUUUGAAAGAUUGUUGGAAUAACUUAAAUAAGAGAGAAAUAUAUUUGAAAUUCUAACAGGCGAUUACGUAGUCAAAGCUUAUUACUCUUUUUAACAUGAAUCUUCCUUAUGUUUUGCAUAGGAAUACAUGAUAGGAGGAGAUUUCUCUAAGAUUCUCAUCAAUGAAGGAGUAACAUUAUUAAGGUUUAUUCUAGGCUUUUGAUGAGAACAUAGCUCGACAUUAUUUUUCUGAAAUCUUGAUAGCUUUGGAAUAUUUACAUAAUAAUAACAUUAUACAUAGAGAUCUUAAACCAGAGAAUAUAUUGCUUGAUUAAUAUGGUCAUAUCAAAUUAGCAGAUUUCGGACUUAGUGAAUUGGGCAUCAAUAAAAAAAUGAUCAAGAAGUGUAGUCAGUAGAAUUUUACAUCGAAUGAUUCCUCUCCUUCGCCUAUCUAUUAGAUGAUAAAGGGGAGAUCCUUUAGAAAGUCUAAUAUCAUUCCAGAGAAUGCGGAAAGAAGGAUAAUUGGAACUCCAGAUUAUAUUGCACCUGAAAUAAUAAGUGGGCAAUCAUUUUCGCAUAAAUCUUAAGACUUUUGGUCUCUUGGAAUUAUUUUGUAUGAAUUUCUAGUCGGCAUUCCUCCUUUUAAUGAUGACUCUGUUGAGAAGAUCUAUCAAAACAUAUUAAAAGGAGAAAUUGAAUGGCCUGAAAUUGGCAAUGAUCCAGAAGAGUAAAUAUCACAAUAGGCCUACGAUUUGUUAAAGAAGUUAUUAAAUCCAGAUUAUACUCAAAGACUAGGAUACGGAUCAAUAGAUGAAAUAAAAAAUCAUCCGUUUCUCGCCACAAUUAAUUGGGAUCAACUAAGAAAUACUCCUGGCCCAAUAAUUCCUUAGAUAAAUUAAAAUUUUUAACCUUUUGAGAAUGUAGUAGAAAAGGUCUAAAAAUUUAUUAAAAAAGGAGAAAAAAAAUAAAUUCAAAUAAUCAAUAAACUAUAAGAGGAAUUAGAAUAUUUGGAGAGAAUUGAUCUGCUAGUGGCAAAGAAUGAAAAUGAAGCAUAAUUGAUUUAAUAAAAAUUAUAAUUAUUUUCAUGA